UUAUUGUGAUGGUUUAUUGUUAAAAAAUUCUGCGAUAUUUUUGCCAUGGAAAUUGAAAAAGACUCGAAUCUAACUGAGGAAGGAGAAGAAUUGACAAGUAGCAUUAAUUUUACAAACUAUGCUUCUACGACCUCCAGCGAAGCUUCAUCUGCCCAUGGCAGCGAAUUUAAAAUGAAAAAGCAUCCACUCUCAUUCAAAAAACAUGGGAAUAUUCUAACUGUCCACCAUACUGUUAAAGAAGAUGGCAAGUUAAUACGCAUAGUUUUUAACGCAUACUGUUUUAACUUACGAGGCACUCAAUUCGUGGCUAUUGACCGCAGGGGAAAUAUCUUUGUUAUCGACUUCGCCAGUAAACGUUUUUGGCGUCACCCUGAGCGUGUACCGAAAUCUUCGGUAAUUGUACCUUCUGUUAAAGAAUCCGACCAAUAUUUAUUGGGCACUAAGAACGGUUUUUUGAUUCUAUUAGAUGUGGAAAAGCCGAAAUUGCGAUUAGUAAAUAUUAGCCAAGAGCCAAUUUCUGAAAUAUCUUUUGCCGGUGUACCGUUACAGCCGAAGAAUUUAGCCGUAAUACGUUCGGGCAACGCAGCAUAUCUCGUCAAUAUAAAAACUUUCACGUGUACUCAUCGUCUCGAUUUUGAUAAGCGGUUAAUGGCAUUGAAAUUCGCCUUCUAUCUGCCAUAUUCAGAGCAUAUAUUGACUUGCUUUACAAACGAUUCAUUGCAUAUAUGGUCUAGCGUUAAAUUGGAAGUAUUACGUAUAGUAAAUCCUAUAAAAUUGCGGGAUCGUAAAAUGCAAUUACAAACACCGAAAGACACCACGCCCGUUUUAGAAUUAAAUUCGGAUAAUUAUACAGAAUUUCCUUUCAGUUGUUGCGAUCGUGAUCUUACUGAGGGCUUGAUUAUGUCGUAUUGCUAUCAGACAGACGGUAGUUGCUUAUGUUUUAGCACCUCGGAUAAUUAUCUUUUAUUUUUAAGCCCGUACACCCUCGAAUUGUUAAGCAUUUUUAAGUUAAAAAAUUUCCUAUUGCAACAAUGUGCCUUGAUGCCCAAACCUAACGAAAGCCUGUUAUUUGGUUUAACAGAUAAACGCAAAAUUGUUUUAUUGGAUUUUGCGAAUAUUGAAUUGAAAUUGUUUGUCGAUAUGAGUGUCUCACGAAGCAUGCAAUUAUCCACAGAUGGCAAAUUUUUGGCUAUAUCAAGGUGUUCCGGAGAAAUGCCUAUAUGGUCCGUAUGUUAUUUAAUAAAUGUGUUACGUUCUCAAGAACGCUGUAAGAAUAUGUUGCGGAGAGCGUUUAAACAAAGCAAACCUAUGCCACUACCAACAGCCAUCAACGCUGCCGAGUGCCGAUUCCGAGAAGAGCUGAGAGAACUCUUAACCCCACAAAGCUUGCAGCAAAUUCUACAAGAAUACCAUUGUUAUCCCUCCAAAUAUCGUGCCUUGAUUUGGUUUUGUUUAUUAAAGCUGCCCAACAAUCGUGCACAAUAUCAGGAUUUAAUGCAAAUGGGCUUGCCGAAAAUCAUUAUCGUAAAGGCUCGUAGCAUUCAAUUAAAAAAUGCAAAAAUUAAACGUGCACUGAUUAGAUGUUGGUCUAAUCUGGCUCAGUGGUGUAAAAUGUUUGCCUAUAAUGAUAAUGUUGCUAAAUUAAUAUUUCCAUUUGUGAAAAUGUUUCAUAGCAACCCAUUAGCGACGUUUGAAGUGUGCGUCACCCUCAUGUUUAAUCAGUUUCAAAUGUUUUUUGAAUAUCAUCCCCUUGAACCCAGUAACUAUUUAGGUUUUUGUACAAAUAUAUUGAAAUACUUCGACUGCUCUCUGUAUAAAUUUUAUACGGACAUGGAUAUAACUGCUUCGAUUUAUGCUUGGUCUUUAUUGAACACUUCGUUUGCCAAAGUUUUAGACGAAGAUCAAUGGUUUUGUUUGUGGGAUAAUAUCAUCUCAGCACCGCCAUAUUUUCUUAUCUUUUGUGUUGUCGCCUACAACAUAAUGCAACGAGAGGUCAUUGUAAGAUUGCCGGAUAAAACAAUAAUAAGUGAUUUCUUUCAGGAUCAAAAUCCUAUUGAUAUUAAGAAAUUAACAGCAAAAGCUUUUAAAUUAAUGUCCUGCUGUCCGAUGUCGUUGCAUCCCAAACGUUAUAUGUGCAACUUUCAACCGCUGCCACGAGAUGUUUAUCCCAAAUUUCUUAAUUAUCCGUUAAAAAGUUUAGAUCGUUUUGAGGAGAAAGCAAUCGAUAUUCAAAAACUACAAAGAACUCUGGAUGAUAAAAUGCGUGCUUUAGAUUUGGAAGAAAUGGAGAUGACACGCAAAUUGGAGAAUGGAUUACGUAAAGAGGAGCACAAUAAACGUUUAAAAGAUAUUGAAAGAUAUUAUCAAGAUACCUUAAAACGUGAAGAAGAACGACUAAAUUACCAGCGCAAAGUCCUAUUACUGCAUCAGAAGGAAAUACGUCAACAAAAGGGUGAAGUGCUAAAAGCUCUUCAUGAGUCCGACCAGCGUAAAACAUUAUUACAGCGAGAGGGUGAACUGGAAAGUUUGCAAAAUAACAUUGAGAAAGAGCGCCUGCGCAACGACAUUGAUUUAAUGGAGGUUGAAGAGAAAAUUCGCAAUCGAGAAUUGGACCUUUUAGGUCAAAACGCGAAAUCUACUGACGAACACAAGCAAUCGUUGUCCGAGCGUUUUCACAAUGACAUUAAACGUCUUUGGGAAGAACAAAAACUUUUGGACGCAGAUUUAAAGAAGCUUUCUGCAAUAGAUUUGAAAGAAUCAAAAAAAAUAGCAAAUAUUCCCUCUGAUUAUCUGAACGCAGUGGAAGACAAAUUGCAGCAAUACAAAGAAGAGUUUGCGAAUAUAGUUAAGGAUAAUUAAUCCAACAGAUCGAAAUAAAGAAAAGAAAAGCAAUAAACCGGGAUGUCUUGUUAAAUGAACUAUGAUUGUCUUAUUGAUAAUUAUUAGCAAUAUUCGUUUUUAUAAACAUUUCUAGCCACAGUGCACCUGAACGUUGUAAAUUUGUAUUUUCUUUUCUGGAUACGCUUGGAGCCUUCACCAGAAGUCAUGUGGGACUAAAGCUCGCAUCGUUUGCAUUACCACUUUUAUUCCCUGGCUUUGCUUUCUUUCUGGAUGGAAGGACUGAACCUAAUUGUUCACGAAGUACUUGAAUUAAGCAAAAGGAGAUCUCAUUAUCGAUCAGAUAAUUAUGUUACCUUCCUCUUUCUUUUUGGCAAUUGCCUUUUGCGAACUGAGCCUCUUGGAUGUGAGGCCUAUUAUACGUCCAUUGUAGUAGCAGCUAGUGUUGCGUAUAAAAAGUGAUGCACAGUUAGCAUUACAAACUUUC